GAAGACCAGUCAACGACCCCCCACCCCUUUCUGAGAUCCGGACGUGCUCGACAUCCAAUCGACAUUCGCGGAGGUAUUAAACCCUCACACCGGAGUAUAUGUAAUUGGCUCUUCCCUUUUUUUCGCUUUUUAAUAUCGACGUACUACCCUACCUGCGAAUCGACUGGCCGGCAGAACGGCGCUUUUCUAUUCGCUACAAUCUGAUACCCACCCCCCUUACCUUAAAAGAAGGCGCGCCGCAUCGCAGAGAUGGCGUCGAUUAAUGAUCUUGCGACUGCGGCGACUAUUGCUUCGUCGGUUGUUGCUUUGAGAUCUGAGGAAUUACCUACUUCUACUGCUACUACUACUGCUGGUGCUGCUGGUGCUGGUGAUAGUACUGCUGCUGUUGGCAAUACCAGGGAUAUCCCCGCGGAAGCGAGUACGACAAACGAGAUGUCGCAGACACAGAAAACCGCCGCGGACCGCGAGGACGGCGAUUCCAUCACCGUGGCCACAGGCGCUCCGCCGCCCGUCCUCGCGGCGCCUGUCAUCGAUCCCGACCCCGCGCGCGCGCAGAUCCCGCUGCCGCCUCCCGUGGAGGGGCUCAGCGAGGUUGGGUCUACAGCUGAUGAUGGGGAGGCGGGCGGUGUGGAAGGGGUUGGUGGUGAGGAGGAGGGGGAUAGGGAUGGGGAUGCGAUGGAUGGGGUUGAGAGGGGCGAUCCGGUGCGCGGCGCGUUUGUCGUGUUCGAGGGCAUGGAUCGCGCGGGUAAGACUACGCAGGCGAAGUUGUUGCAGCAGAGGUGUGUGGAGAGUGGACGCGAGGUACGGUUUAUGCGGUUUCCUGAUCGGACAACGCCGAUCGGACUGAUGAUCGACUCGUAUCUUAAGGGCGAGACCGAGGUCGAGGACCAUGUUAUUCAUCUGUUGUUUAGCGCGAACCGCUGGGAGGCGGUUAAGAAAAUCAAGGCGGAAUUGGAAGCCGGCCAUACGAUUAUUUGCGACCGCUUUUACCAUAGCGGCAUCGUGUACAGUGCCGCCAAGAACAUCAAAUCCCUAAGUCUGUCUUGGGCUAAGGCUCCUGAGGUUGGGCUACCGAGACCCGAUAUAGUGCUGUUCCUUGACCUCGACGAGGAAGUGGCGCGCGAACGCGGUGGUUGGGGUGGAGAGGUGUAUGAGAAGGGUGAAAUGCAGCGGCGCGUUCGAGAUCUUUUCUGGGGCCUUAGUAUGGGGGAUCUCGGCAGCGCUGUGGGCAACAGUGGCACUUCGACUAAGGUCCCGAGGAGAGGGGACGUUGAGAGACUUGGGAAUGGAUCGGGUAGAGGAGGGGAUAGUGCGACGAACGAGGAGGGCGAGUUCAGACAGGAGGAAGAGGAUAUUCAGAUCGUGGAUGCGGAUCUGGAUGUUGAGAGCUUGUCUGAAAAGGUCUGGGAACAUGUCUUACCUCGGCUAGAGUCAGUGGAGAGAGGAGAGGUUGGCAGAACGGUUAGGACGGUGCGAUAAUGUGUAUUUUUUAUUAUUAACACUCUAUGCAGUUAUGCACCUCAGUACUAAUCUAAAAAGUAUCAACAA